AUGUCGUGCACGACCCCUUGGUACAGAGAUGAUGAGAGGCCCUUCCUACAACGCACCGAUACGAUGCUUCUGGAUGUGAUUCGGCCCAAAGACGUGCCACGUGGUCAGGUCAUGUAUCCCAAGGACUAUGACAAGUCCCUCAUGACGGAGGACAUCACAAGAUGCCAGCCAACCUAUGACCACCUCAAGUAUUUGGAGAAGCCAGACAUGAGCGUUGGCUGCACAGAUCCUGUGCAUCCUGGCGGUAAGGCUAGAUCUUACUACGCGCCCAUGGAUCGCAGACCCCGGGAUCUGAGCCUCACCACGGCAGACAUCGAGCUGGCGAUUCCACGGGGUGGUCAACAUAAGGGCUUCCGUCACACUGACCCGGUCUGUCCCAGAUACGAGCUGCCAUCCUCCUACCAGCUGCCGGUUCCCGAACCGCGGUGGAACGGCCGCCAUUGCACUGACAACUCGGACAUAGAGAAGAGCCACCCAAGAGUUCUGCACCCAGACAGGAACUACACCCGGGACCCGAAUGAAGGCAGGGACAUUGAGUACUCAGCUCCCAACUAUGCUGAGAAGCUCAAGGCGUUGAACGCCCGGCCGCGUCCAGACAUGUCUCUGGAUGUGAAGGACAUCAUGGCAGUCAAUCCUGCGAGACCACGGGGCACCAACCCCUUGGAACCCACAUACAAGGUGCCCACCAGCGCCACAACCUCUCUUCAUGCCAAGUACGCAGAGGAGAAGCUCUUGGGCAUCCAGCUUCCAAGCCUACAGGUGCGUGAGGUGGGACCUGUCUUAGGCUCCACCUCCAAACGCCUGCACUGGGACAAUGGAGAGCCGCAGCUGAGCCUCCUACGGGAGGACAUUGCUGGCACAGUGCCACAGCGCUGGGUUGGUGGGGUGCCAGCCAAUAUCUACGACCCUCCUGAGAUCAGGCCAAUGAUGUCAUUCCACGACCCUCAUGACAUUCCAGGAGCACAGGUGGGCAGCCUGAAGAAGGGCAUAGAGGGCAGCCGGCGCCGUGUGAACCCGCUGAAUCCCAAAUAUCCAAUGCUGGAUGGCAACGCACGGCCACAGCCAGUGCCAACCUUCGAGGCACAGAGGCAUCCCAUGCUGCGCAAUCCUUCGAGCACCUCCAGCAUGCACGGACCCUCGAGGAAUUGA